GUCGAGCUGCACGCGCACGUCAACGGUUGCGUGCGCGAGGACACUCUACUGGAACUCGCGGCAGCGCGGGGGCUCGAGCGCGAGUGCGAGCGCGCGCUCGCGAGCGAUCGCGAUCUCCUCGCGUGCUUUGAGAUUUUUAAGCUCGUGCACGCGUGCGUCGACGACGCGGCGGCGCUGCGACGGGUGACGCGCGAAGUCUGCGAAGACUUUGCGCGGGACGGAGCGCGAUACUUGGAGCUACGCACGACGCCGAAGGAACAGAUCGGGAAGGAGCGCUACGUCGAGGCGGUGUUGAGUGGAUUGGAGGACGCGUGCGGUCGGUGCGGUGGAGACGGCGCGGAUGGGGAGCUCGCGGCGAGGAUCAUUCUUAGCGUGGACCGCGCGCGAGACGACGACGCGAGCAAGGCGAUGGAGACGAUCGAUUUGGCGAUCAAAUAUAAAGAGAGAGGCGUCGUCGGUGUGGAUUUGAGCGGUUCUCCCGUGGUCGGGCAUUGGGAUCGAUACGUCGCCGCGUUCGAAAAGGCGAGGGCGCAUGGAUUGGGGACGAGCUUGCACAACGGCGAAGUCGCGAAUACGGAGGCUGAACAACGAGCAUUCAUAGCGUUUCGCCCUGACAGAUUAGGGCACUGCGUGUACACUGUUCGUGACGAGAGCUUGCUUCGAGAUUUACUCGCGAGUAAGAUUCCUGUCGAGCUGUGUUUGACGUCCAACGUGAAGACGCGUUCGUGCGCCGGCUUCGCGGAGCAUCACUUUGCCAAAUUGAGAAGCGCGGGACACCCGAUUUGUUUGUGCACUGACGACACGUGGGUCUUUCAGACAUCGCUAUCGCGCGAGUAUGCCAUCGCGGCGGAAACGUUCGGGCUGACGGAUGACGAAAUUCGCGACAUGUCGACUCGCGCGAUGGAUUUUGCGUUUUGCGACGAAGACGUCAAG